GUGGCUGCGGGUUUUGCCCAGGGAGCGUGUUCGGGGCUGUUUCUUGGCCGGCUUCGCGGGGACGCCACUGAUCAGCGCCGGAUGUGACCUUCUCCUUGGACGAUUCAAGUUCUUAAAAAGUUUCAGUGUACAUUUGAGGUGGCUGUUUAUACAAAGGAAGCACUGGGACUUGGGGCUACCUUCAAGAAUAAAAAAAUAGAAAAUGGAACAACCAUGUAUGUUAUGUGAGGAAGAACAGGAUCCAGAACCACAGAACAUAAAAGAAACCAAACAAAUAGAUGAUGAAGAUGCGGAGCUGAUCUUUGUUGGGGUGGAACAUGUAAAUGAAGAUGCUGAACUGAUCUUUGUUGGGGUGUCUUCAAAUUCAAAACCAGUUGUUUCAAAUAUUUUGAACAGAGUUACCCCAGGUUCAUGUUCAUGGAGAAAAAAGUAUGGUCGCCGAAGAAAAGAUACUGCUCGUAACUUGCAGCCUAUAAGUCAUGUGACCCCUUCAUCAGAAACAGUGACUAUGUUGCCAGUAUCUCAAUCUGAAUCAAGAUCAACAGAUAGUCCUAUUAUUAUUGAGCCUUUGUCUAAGCCUGAUGAUAAAAGUAAUUCACCAAAAGUUGUGCCUAGUAGCUCUUCAGAAUCAUGUUCUCCUGUGGUUACCCUCACAAGUUCAUUGCAUCAUCCAGUGAAAGCAGCACUUUCAGAAGGAGGAUUGAAAUGAACAUUUGCCAGUGUUGAUAGGAUUGCUACCAAGACACAGAGACUCUUAGGAUGAAGAGGAACUUCUUAAGGAGGAGGCAAAGAUCUGGCCCAGUAAGGAACCUGGGUCAUUCAUCACUGCAUCAUCUCUAUUUAAGGAUGUAAACCUAAACCUCAGAUUCUGCUAUGAUCCUCCACCAGGACCUCCACAGGAGCUAGAAGAACACAGAAUGGACUGAGUACAUUGGAGUGUGUUAAGGAUGACUCUCAAGGAACUUUCUUGGUAUGGAGUGAUGGUUGAUUAACAACAGAGACUGAGUUUCUGCUGGAAUGUGAUCCUUACUGGGUGAAGGGAGAAAAUAGAGUGGAAUGGGAAUGAAUAGAGCCUUGGCUUUGUAGUGUACUAUGACUAAUCAAUCCAAAAUAGUUCACUUACAAAUAGGUUCAUGCUGAAAUGCACUAUAUAAUUAAAUGUUGAUGUCUUGUCAUUCUUCCUGUCUAUUCUGAAAGCCAAGUAAUUCCUUACUUAUCUCUAAAUUUUGUGAAAAUAUUUGGCCUCUGUGCAUCUACAUCUG